AUGUUAGCACUACGAUGGUAUGGUAAUAAAGAUGUUAGAUUAGAAACCGUUCCAGUACCAGCGAUCACUGAACCAAAUGAUGUGAUUUGUAAAGUUACUGGUACAACUAUUUGUGGUUCAGAUUUACAUUUAUAUCAUAAAGAAAUCAUGCAAAUGCAAAAAGGUGAUAUUUUAGGACACGAAUGGAUGGGGAUUGUAGAUGAAGUUGGUAGUGCUAUUAAAAAUGUUAAAAAAGGUGAUCGUGUAGUGGCUUCAUUUCAAAUAGCUUGUGGUGAUUGUUCUUUUUGUAAAGAAGGUCUUUCUUCUAUGUGUGAUCGAACGAAUUCAAGUAAAUUACAAGAAAAAUUAUAUGGAAAACCAUUUGCUGGAUUAUUUGGUUAUACUCAUUUUGCAGGUGGAUUUGCAGGUGGUCAAGCAGAAUAUGUUAGAUGUCCAUUUGGUGAUACGAAUUUAUUAAAAAUUCCAAAUUCAAUUCCAGAUGAAAAAGCUUUAUUUUUAAGUGAUAUUAUUCCAACUUCUUAUCAUUCAGUUAAAUGUGCUGAUGUUAAAGAAGGUAAAAGUGUAGCUAUUUGGGGUAUGGGUCCUAUUGGUUUAUAUGCUGCUAAAUGGUGUAAAUUAGAAGGUGCAAGAAGAGUGAUUUGUAUUGAUAGAGUUCCAGAACGUUUGGCAAUGGCUUCUGAGAUCCUUGGAUGUGACGUGAUUAAUUAUGAUGUUCAAACUGAUGUGGUAAAAGCGAUAUACGAACUUGAACCAGAAGGAGUUAAUUGCGCCAUCGAUGCAGCCGCCUUCCGUUAUACCAAGGGGAUCAUUCACACCGUUCAACGUGCAAUCGGAUUGGAAACUGAUUCAUCCGAAGUUGUGAAUGAAGCCAUCCAAGCAGUAAGAAAAUUCGGAACAAUCUCUCUAGUAGCUGAUUACGCAGGUUGGACCAAUCAAUUUCUAAUUGGAGCCUUAAUGGAAAAAGGUAUCACAUUAAGAGGUACAGGUCAAGCACCAGUACAAAUGUAUUGGAAAGAAUUACUUAAGAAAGUAGAAAGUGGAGAAUUUGAUCCUACCAUCAUCUUAAGUCAUAGGUUUUCUAUAGAUGAAUUUCCUGAACUUUAUAAAUCAUUUGAUGAAAAAGAAAUGGGUAUUUUGAAAACUUUUGUUCAAACUCGGUUUUCCAAUCCUCCUGCUCCUGGUACUCCUUCACUCAGUUCUUUGAAAUCACAUGAUGUUAAACCUAGUGCAGUUCAUGCUUAA